AAAAUAAAAUAAUAAAUGAAGAAACCAAAAACAUAAAGAGAGUAUUUAAUUUGUUCAAAAAAUCAGAUUUUUUUUUCGACAAUAAAAUUAAAAUAAAGCUUCACCUGAAAUAAACAGAGGAGGAAGCUGUUUGACUGAGGAGAUCCCGGUCGAAGAAGACGAAGAAGAAUAUAUAUAUAUAAGGUUAUAUAGGCUUUGUUUUAGACCGUGGAAUCUGUCUCAGGCUUUCCUACUCCAAAACCCUAAUUACAAAAACAAGUUAAAUCUUUUUAAGGGUUUUACGAUGAAAUUUUUCAAAUAACUUAGAGAGGCUGACUCUCUUUAAAUCAUUUCCUCUCCUCCGUUUUUUGUAAUUUUUUAUUUAUUUGUCGAUAUACAUUAUAAUAUAUUUUUACUAGUUAGUAGACUAGAUAGUAGUGAGGGCCAUGGAAGAUGAAGCUAGGGUUCCGGGGAAUUCGGUGCGAUCGGAGGAGGUGAAGCCGCCCUCGUAUUGGCUAGACGCUUGCGAGGACAUAUCAUGUGACCUAAUUGGUGACUUGGUUGAUUUUACCGACGCUUCUGUUUUGCCCGACUGUUCCUCGGUCCCCGAUCGCCAUGGCACCUCCACCAACUGCAAUCAGGAGGAUUUCUUUGGCGGAAUAGACCACAUUCUCGACAGUUUCAAGAACGGAGAUGGUCUCCCUCUAAUCUCGGAUGUAAUUUCUACUGAUGAUGCUUCUCGGAGCUGUACUCCUAAAGAAAGCUUAUUAUUAUUACAGAACGGUGGAGGAGUGACUUCUCCAGUUUCUAAGGCCGAGCUUUUGGGUUUGCAGAAUAAUAUUCAGAAUGGUAAUGGCUUGGAUGCAAACAAGUUGGUGGUGAAUGGCAAUGGAGAGCAGAAUGAGAAACCUGGUGCGGAGGGCGAUGAAAGAUGCAGCAAAAAGGCUAGAAUUGGCAGAAAUGAGAGGUAUGGUUCCGGCAGAGGACAAUUCCAUAUCAGGGAUAGAGAGAGGGAAAGAUGUCCGAGCAGGAAGAGGACCCGAGAUUGGGAUGAUGUAGAUAAAAGAGAUAGGGAUAGGGAUAGGGAUUCUUUUAGGAGAAAAGAGCAUUACAACAACAACAAUAAUAGGAGAGAUGGUAGAGAGAGGGAUUUGAGAGAUAGAGAAGUAAAGGGGUAUUGGGAGAGAGAUAAAUCAGGUUCUAAUGACUUGGUAUUUAGACAUGGUGCUUAUGAAGUUGAUCGUGAGGCAAAGGUUGUUAUCGACAAAAGCCAGGAUUCUAAUGGGAAAGAGGAGAGUAAAUCUGAAGAGACUAAAGAGAAGAUACCCGAGGAACAAGUCCGCCAAUAUCAAUUAGAUGUUCUUGAACAGGCUAAGAAGAAAAAUACAAUAGCUUUUCUUGAGACGGGGGCGGGGAAGACGCUAAUAGCUGUUCUUCUCAUCAAAAGCCUUUCAUGUGAUAUGCAAAAGCAAAACAAGAAAAUGCUUGCUAUAUUUCUUGUUCCUAAAGUACCACUUGUUUAUCAGCAAGCUGAAGCCAUCCGUGAGAGGACCGGUUACCAAGUGGGUCAUUAUUGUGGUGAAAUGGGUCAAGAUUUUUGGGAUGCUCGGCGAUGGCAACGAGAGUUUGAAUCUAAACAGGUUCUUGUAAUGACUGCUCAAAUUCUCUUGAAUAUUCUGAGACACAGUAUAAUAAGAAUGAAUGCAAUCAAUCUUUUGAUUUUGGAUGAGUGCCAUCAUGCUGUGAAAAAGCAUCCAUAUUCUUUGGUGAUGUCUGAAUUCUAUCAUACAACAGCAAAAGAGAAAAGACCAUCUGUAUUUGGGAUGACUGCUUCUCCCGUCAACUUAAAAGGUGUUUCCAGCCAGGUAGAUUGUGCAAUUAAGAUUCGUAAUCUUGAAAGUAAGCUAGAUUCAACAGUUUGUACCAUAAAGGAUCGUAAAGAGCUAGAAAAAUAUGUCCCGAUGCCCUCAGAAAGGGUGGUAGAGUAUGACAAAGCUGCCACCUUGUGGUCUCUCCAUGAGCAAAUAAAACAGUUGGAAGUAGAAGUUGAAGAAGCUGCAAAAUCAAGCUCCAGAAGAAGUAAAUGGCAGUUUAUGGGAGCAAGAGAUGCUGGGGCCAAGGAAGAACUGCGCCAAGUUUAUGGUGUUUCAGAAAGAACAGAAAGUGACGGGGCUGUUAAUUUAAUUCAAAAAUUGAGGGCUGUAAAUUAUGCACUUGGUGAACUGGGUCAGUGGUGUGCAUACAAGGUUGCACAAUCUUUCUUGGCAGCUUUACAAAAUGACGAGAGGGCCAACUACCAACUUGAUGUUAAGUUUCAAGAGUCUUACCUUAGCAAGGUGGUCUCUCUUCUACAAUGCCAAUUAUCAGAGGGAGCUAUCUCUGACAAAGAAAAUGUCACCGAUUCUGGUAGUGAAGAUCCUCAUAAUGUAACUGAUCCUGAUGAGAUUGAGGAAGGAGAACUUCCUGACAGUCACGCUGUGUCUGGUGGGGAGCAUGUUGAUGUGAUUAUAGGAGCUGCAGUAGCUGACGGAAAAGUGACACCAAAAGUGCAGUCACUUAUUAAAGUACUUCUAAGUUAUCAGCAUACUGAUGAUUUCCGUGCUAUCAUCUUUGUGGAGCGUGUCGUCUCUGCUUUGGUUCUUCCAAAGGUUUUCGCAGAGCUUCCAUCUCUGGGUUUUGUUAGGAGUGCUAGCUUGAUUGGUCAUAACAAUAGUCAGGAAAUGCGAUCUUGCCAAAUGCAAGACACAAUUGCUAAAUUUCGAGAUGGUCGUGUCACAUUGUUAGUGGCAACUAGCGUUGCUGAGGAAGGUCUUGAUAUUCGGCAAUGCAAUGUAGUUAUUCGCUUCGACCUUGCAAAAACUGUAUUGGCAUAUAUUCAGUCCAGGGGUCGUGCUAGAAAGCCUGGGUCAGAUUAUAUAUUGAUGUCCGAGAGGGGAAAUCUAUCACAUGAAGCAUUCUUAAGGAACGCCAGGAACAGUGAGGAGACCUUAAGGAAAGAAGCUAUUGAGAGAACUGAUUUAAGUCAUUUGAAGGAUACUUCGAGGCUAAUUUCUAUAGAUACAACACCAGAUGCAAUGUACCAGGUGGAGUCAACUGGUGCUGUUGUGAGCUUAAACUCUGCUGUGGGACUCAUCCACUUUUACUGCUCUCAGCUUCCCAGUGACAGGUAUUCAAUACUUCGUCCUGAGUUUGUUAUGGUUAGGCAUGAAAAGCCGGGAGGUCCCACUGAAUAUUCAUGCAAACUUCAACUUCCUUGUAAUGCACCAUUUGAGACACUUGAGGGACCUAUAUGCAGUUCAAUGCGCCUAGCACAACAGGCUGUUUGUCUUGCUGCUUGCAAGAAGCUUCAUGAGAUGGGAGCCUUUACUGACAUGCUGUUGCCAGACAAGGGAAGUGGAGAAGAAAAAGAAAAGGCUGACCAGAGUCAUGAAGGGGAUCCACUUUCUGGGACGGCUAGGCAUAGAGAGUUUUAUCCAGAAGGUGUAGCUGAUGUUCUCAUGGGAGAAUGGAUCUUAUCUGGAAAGGAAGUUUGCAACAACCCAAAAUUGCAUCUAUUUAUGUAUGAUGUGAAAUGUGUAAACGCAGGCUAUUCAAAAGAUCCAUUCUUGACUCGGGUUUCAGAUUUCGCAUUGCUUUUCGGCAAUGAGCUGGAUGCAGAGGUGUUAUCGAUGUCGAUGGAUCUAUUUAUCGCACGAACCAUGACUACAAAGGCAUCACUUGUCUUCAGGGGCUCAAUAGAUAUCACGCAAAGUCAGUUGGCAUCCCUUAAGAGUUUUCAUGUAAGAUUAAUGAGCAUUGUACUGGAUGUGGAUGUUGAACCUUCCACCACUCCUUGGGAUCCUGCAAAGGCGUAUUUGUUUGUCCCUGUGGUUAGCGAUAAAUCUGUAGAUCCUAUUAAAGAAAUAGAUUGGGAUCAAGUUGAGAAAAUAAUUGGUACUGAUGCUUGGGGAAAUCCCCUUCAGAGAGCUCGGCCAGAUGUGUACCUUGGCACAAAUGAGCGUACACUAGGUGGAGACAGAAGGGAAUAUGGAUUUGGGAAACUGCGUCAUGGUAUGGCUUUUGGGCAGAAAUCUCAUCCCACAUAUGGCAUCAGAGGAGCUGUUGCACAAUUUGAUGUUGUGAAGGCUUCAGGAUUGGUCCCCGAUCGGGGUGCAGUUGAAAUGCAAAGACAUGUAGAUCCUUCUCCCAAAGGAAAACUAAUCAUGGCUGAUACUUCGACUAGUGCAGAAGAUUUGAUAGGGAGAAUUGUAACAGCUGCUCACUCUGGGAAGAGGUUUUAUGUGGAUUCAAUAUGUUAUGAUAUGACUGCAGAGAACUCUUUCCCAAGGAAAGAAGGCUAUCUAGGCCCGUUGGAGUACAGUUCAUAUGCUCAUUAUUACAAGCAAAAGUAUGGAGUUGAGUUGAUGUAUAAGCAACAACCUCUUAUUAGAGGACGCGGUGUUUCCUACUGUAAGAAUCUUCUGUCUCCUCGAUUUGAACAUGCUGAAGGUGAGUCAGAUGAGAGUGUAGACAAAACAUACUAUGUUUUUCUCCCUCCUGAGCUGUGUUUAUUGCACCCACUGCCUGGUUCACUGGUUCGUGGUGCACAGAGAUUGCCCUCCAUAAUGAGAAGGGUUGAAAGUAUGCUUCUGGCAGUUCAACUUAAGCACAUGAUAAACUAUCCUGUUCCUGCUUCAAAGAUCUUGGAAGCUUUGACAGCUGCUUCAUGUCAGGAGACAUUUUGCUAUGAGAGAGCAGAGCUUCUUGGUGAUGCUUACUUAAAAUGGGUUGUUAGCCGAUUUCUUUUUCUUAAAUACCCCCAAAAACAUGAGGGUCAGCUUACUCGGAUGAGGCAACAAAUGGUAAGUAACUUUGUCUUAUACCAGUAUGCUUUGAGUAAAGGACUUCAAUCAUAUAUCCAAGCAGAUAGCUUUUCUCCGUCCCGAUGGGCUGCUCCUGGUGUGCUGCCCGUUUUUGAUGAGGAUACAAAAGAUGGAGAAUCAUCUCUGUUUGAUCAAGGCAGAUCAAGUAAUAAGAAUACACAUGAGAAGAAUCAACCUUGGGAUGAACUCGAAGAUGAUGUAAUGGAAGAUGGGGAGCUUGAGGGUGACUCUAGUUCAUAUAGAGUCCUUUCUAGCAAGACCCUUGCAGACGUCGUCGAAGCAUUAAUUGGGGUAUAUUAUGUACAAGGUGGAAAGUAUGCUGCUAACCACCUGAUGAAAUGGAUUGGGAUUGAGGUAGAGUUUGACCCUGAUCAGAUUGACUGCCCAGGAAAGCCGUCGAACAUUCCAGAAACUGUGCUUAGGAAUGUCAACUUUGAUGCGUUAGAGGGAGCUUUAAACAUUAAAUUUAGAGAUCGGGGACUGUUGGUAGAGGCUAUUACUCAUGCAUCUCGGCCAUCUUCAGGGGUAUCCUGCUAUCAGCGUCUUGAAUUUGUUGGUGAUGCAGUCUUAGAUCAUCUCAUUACAAAGCAUUUGUUCUUUACGUACACGAAUCUACCCCCUGGGCGAUUGACUGAUUUGCGAGCUGCUGCUGUAAAUAAUGAAAAUUUUGCUCGUGUAGCCGUAAGGCGUAAUCUUCAUGUGCAUCUUCGACAUGGUUCCAGUGCCCUUGAAAAACAGAUUCGAGAUUUUGUAAAGGAAGUUCAAGUUGAAUUCUCAAGGCCAGGUUUCAACUCCUUUGGUUUGGGAGACUGCAAAGCUCCAAAAGUUCUUGGUGACAUUGUUGAAUCCAUUGCUGGUGCUAUUUUCCUUGACGCUGGACGUCAAACUGCUGUAGUUUGGAAGGUGUUUGAACCUCUGUUGGACCCAAUGGUUACUCCAGAGACACUUCCAAUGCAUCCCGUGCGUGAGCUGCAAGAAAGAUGCCAACAACAAGCUGAAGGUUUGGAAUACAAAGCAACUCGAAAUGGCAAUUUGGCUACAGUAGAAGUCUUCGUCGAUGGUAUCCAGGUCGGAAUUGCACAGAAUGCACAAAAAAAGAUGGCACAGAAACUAGCAGCAAGGAAUGCACUAGUUGCUUUAAAAGAGAAGGAAUCGGCAGAAGCAAAGGAGAAAGAAGAUGAGAAUGGUAAGAAGAAGAAUGGUGCCCAAACGUUUACCCGACAAACCUUAAACGACAUAUGUCUGCGUAGAAAUUGGCCAAUGCCAUUUUAUCGGUGCGUAAAUGAAGGUGGCCCUGCACAUGCCAAAAGGUUUACUUUUGCUGUACGAGUGAAUACCACCGACAAGGGAUGGACCGAUGAAUGUGUCGGAGAACCCAUGCCCAGCGUCAAGAAGGCCAAGGACUCUGCUGCAGUGCUCCUUUUGGAGCUUUUAAAUAAGUUGUACUCAUGAUCGAAAAAGAAUUUUGGUGUUCCCAUCCUUAAUUUUUACAGUCGGAUGAGUCACCAGUAUCAUUGCUCAUAAGAUAGAGUUUACUAUAUUUAAAACGGAUAAAAAUGAUUUAUAAGUGGUCUUAGGUGCCUUUAGGUGACAAAUCAAGUGUCCUUUGUACGUAUGUAUUAAAUUUAUUAAUACUAGAGCCUUAUACCUCAUUCAUUUAAUAAAUUAUCUUCUUUUUUUUACUGUCAAAAAGAAAAAUGAAGAAUUAAAAAGCGUACAGAAGGAAAAGAAAAGACAGGCUUUUAUUGAAUCACAAAAACUCACAAAGACCACAAUGGGGUGAAUUGAGUUGAUAAGAGAAUUGGGUAGGGUGUGGGGUUUCUACAAUUGUUAAAAAGGAUUGGGAGGAAAGCAACUACCCAAUCUUAUGCAUACAAUUAAGAAGCAUACACGGCCAAUUCUUUCUUCCAUGCCUGAUACCAAAAGGGGUUCUUCCCACUAUUCAAAUUGCAAAAAUGAAACACAAGACAUCAUAGUUUUCACAACGAUGGAUACACCAGACUUAUUCAAAUGGUCAAAAAAGUAGUCUCUUUCUACCGCC